AGUAUAGGAUGUCGUCCAAAAUUGGUCAAAAAAGUCAUAGUGUAGAUUUUUUAUCUCAUCUUCUCUUCUUUAACCACAUUUAAAAGAUAUACAACUUCACUUAAUAUACAUUAAUAUACCGUACGUAUACAUAUAUGCAGUUUCUACCUCUUUGCUAACUCCCCAUGUUCGUGAAGUGUUUGUAAAAAUAUCGUCUAACGUGGGUUUUUGAGCAGGUCAGUGUCUUUUUUGUGUGAUCUGAUGUCGUAGUUUGGUCUGCAUGGCGGUGGCUCCUCCUCCCUCUACUAACAGAGUUUAUUACACCUGUGUGUUUCCUCCUGCACUGACCAGGUGUACGGGUUCAUGUCAUGUUUUGGGAUUUUUUAGCGUUUCCUGUGGUCAGUGGUCACCUGUGCUGCCUGGAUGGUUUUUCCCUUCCCUCCCUGGUCGCUGAUAACUGCACGCUGUGGUGUCUUGUUUCAGGAGGAUCGUGUUCCCCACACAUUAACCACUGGACUGGAGACUGAUGUCUGAAUGACCCCUGUCCUCAUGUCGUGCAACAUGUGGAAACAAAUGAAAUGCAAUUAAAAGGUUUUGUGUUUGUGGUUUGUUUUCUUGUUCCCCGCAGGAUUUGUCGCAGGAAGUGAAGCAGCUGAAGAGCAAAGUGGACGCGCUGGAAGGAGAGAAGAGCCGAUAUGAGAGGAAACUGAGAGCAACCAAGCUGUCUGUCUCUUACUCUCUCCAUGUGUGUUACCAGUCGCUCAUGACUCAGCUGUCCAGCCUGAAGCUGACUGUGGAGCACACGCAGCUGGAGAAGCAGCAGUGGGAGGAGCGCUGGCGCGGCGCACAGACGGAAAUCUCAGAUCUGCAGCAGCUCGUCGCCUCCAAAGACGCCGAGAUCGAGUGUUUGCAGACACAGCUGUUGGCCAGAGACGGCUCCGCCAACAACAACGCACAGAGAGAGGAGGUGUAUAUCAAGCAGCUGAUUAACAAAUACCAGGAAUACCAGAGGCUCAAAGCGGGGAUGGAGUCUCUGCUGGCGUCAAAUGAUGAAAAGGACCGUCGUAUCGAGCAGUUGACCAUCCUGCUCGGUCAGUACAGGCAGCUGAGCGAGGUCAUGGCUCUCACACAGGGAAGCAGUGAGGAGGAGCUGAGCAGCAGUUUGAAACUCAGAGCCGUCGCACACAAAGCACAUUCUGAUAUUCUGCCACGCUCAGAGAAGUUUUCUCGAGGACCUCCACUCUUGUUGUCUUCUUCUCCUUAUCAGAGGGAUGUAGACAUAAGCAGCCAAAACUCCAUGGACGUGUCUCUGGCGUCCAUGACAGAUAUGAGCUUCUUUAACGGGUCGUGGCAUCAGCGCAGGCUACUGUCCAGCAGUCUUGAGGAGUUACAGAGUGGAUCUUUAAAAAAGACUGUAGAGAUCCAGGCUGCUGACAGUGAAUCAGAUGUAGGGCCAGAGAAUUGUCACCUGGAGUUGAACAAAUACCAGACUCUUCCUGGGAAACUGAGUAAAAAGAGUGAGCAGAGGAAGCAGCAGCUGAACGGAGACUCUGAAUAUUUGUCUCCUGUUCACGAGCACAGACUGAGUGAGUUUCUGCUGCUCCAUAAUCCUUAAUCUGACUGGAUUGACAGGAUUUUAUCAUGUGGAAGAACAGAAGUGAAUAAUAACACAAACUCACAGAGUGUAAACUUUAACUCUGUCGACUAACUUUGAUCCAACUGCUUUUUUCUUUCUGUUUCCUCCUCUCUUCCCUCCGUUUCCUUUCCUCAC